AUAUAUAUAUACGGGGCAAGUGUCAUCGGCAGGGGCGGUAAAGCCAAAGACGGUAAGGCACAAAGGAGAGUCGAAGGGAGUUGAACACAGGAAGCCGAUCCGAUCCGAUCCGAUCUAGUAUGACCUGACGGACGGUUCCGGUCUCUGUUUGUUUUCUUCUUUUGUGGGUAAUUGGAAAGAAGAGUCUUGCUAAGUUGGAAACAAAAGUGCGGGUGAGUCAAAGACAAGCACCAGGAAGGAAGGGAGAUGGAGAAGCUCAAACAGGCACCAGAUGAUGCUUGGCGUGUACAGGCUUGCAGAAAAAGGAGUCUUGACAGACUGAGCUUUCAGGAGGGGAGGGAGGAUCCAGUUUUGAACAACAUAACCCAAUUGCCCCCCGAAAUCAUUUGCCACAUUCUCUCUUUGCUACCUGUUAAAGAUUGUGUGAGAGCAAGGUUUUCAACAGCUCUGUGGAAAGACCUCCCUGACCAUCGCCCUGAUCUCCACUUUGACCCUCUUACUGUGUUUGGGAAAUCAAUUGUGUACCCUCUCAGACAUAUUCUUAACACCAAGUUUGUUAACAUUGUCCAUCGGUUCAUGGAAGUUUGGAUGGGCCAAAAAAUGGGAAAGCUUGUUGUUGAGUUUGCUCUCGUGAAUGAACACGCAUCCCAUAUUGAUAGCUGGGUUGAGACCUCUAUUAGAAAGGGAGUGGAGGAAAUACAGCUCAACUUUCGUGGCCUGCGCGAAGGCAAAGAAAGAUAUGUAUUCCCAUCUCAUCUCUUAAACCUUGGUAAAGCAGGCGGAGCAGCGCCCCCUUGCCGUUUGAAGAACUUAAGCCUAACAUUCUGCAAACUACACCUUUCCCGUGAAUGCAUUAGCUGCUUACGCAAUUUGACUGCACUCCAUUUGAAUCAUGUGCCUUUGGCUGAGAGGGGGUUCCGACGUCUCCUCUCACGAGCUUCAAAUCUCUUAUCCCUUUCGCUCCAUUCCUGCCCAAUGCCAUUUCUACUCUCCAUACAUGGUCCACACCUCCGUCUCAAGAAAUUGAGCAUCAAGAAUCUGUCUGGGAUCCAACUCAAUUGUCCUUCUCUUGAGGUUUUUGAGUAUUCUGGCCACUCAUGUGAUGUCACGUUUAUAGAUGUCCCCUUGUUGAGAGAAAUUAGUCACGAAACUGCGAGUGGCUACGCACAUGCAUUUGAUCAUCUCACUGCAAACUCCCCAAGUCUUGAAGUCUUGUUCCUUACACUUACUAGCCAGGUACAACCAUUCUUUGCAUCUCUUGCUAGACGCAGUCUAAAAAAGCUUAAAAUAAGAGCUAUAAACCCUAAACCAUUUGACCUUAGGGCUCUCAGCUGCAUGUUAAAUGCUUGUCCGCUACUCCAGAUAUUUGAACUACAGUGUAGUAAUUGCUAUGACCCCAUGCAAGUCGUGGAAACACAAUUCCCAGAGCAACCACAUUUUGAGUUGAAAACAGUGAAGUUUUCUGGUGCUAUUCGGUAUUGGAAUGUGAAGGAGCUUGCAGCCUACUUACUAAAAAAUGCAGUUGCACUUGAGCAGAUUUUCAUUCAAGAUCGACAUUCUUUAGCAAAAAUUGAGGAUUGGAUGCCAUUGCAAGAGAUUAGUCCAUCUGUACAAGUAGUCAUUUUGGGACGCAAUGACGAGUGAGCUUUUAUUUUAUUGGGUUUCUCAGUCGCCUUUUAAUUUAUUGAAGUUUUUUAGUGGCUUUUUAAUUUAUUGAAGAUUUAAAGUUACUCGAUGGCUUUGGGUUUUCAUCUAUUCUAACGUGAUAAAUGAUCAUAAAAUUAAGGUACGGAAGAUGGUUGGGCCUUUUUAAUCCUGUGAUUAUUGAUGUCGUGCAACUGUCUGUCCAGCACAAGCCCUUGACGCCAUCUGGGCCUCUCGGCUCUCAACCAAAGCCAGUCCAGAAUACAGAAAUACGCUUAUUGUCCGUGAUGAUCACCUCGGUUGUGACACCUCGAUCAGGCCUACCCAUACAUCCCAAACAGAAUCACUCGGGAACAAGAACACCAAGGACGAGGUGCACACGCAUGAAAGAGCUAUUUUUUUGUUCCUUUUUUAUUUGUACAUCACACCUUUCUCACACCUUUCACGCUAUUCAAAGAAGUGCAAUUUUCAAUAUCUUCUUUUCACUCUUUUAACCCCUAUGACAAUGUAAAUACACCACUACACGAUGGAUACAUACAUUAACGGGUCUGAUGAUCUUAUCAUAUCAAAAAAGCAUCAAUUUGCGUCACUUUUAGAUUACCAUCUAGGCUUGACCCAACUGUGACCCGUAUCUUUGGGCGGGAAAACUGGCUCCUUUUUUCUCCUCCUUUUGUAUAAUAGAAGAUAUAUAAGAAAUGACAACCAAGGAGCUUAUGCCUUUUCACGAAAACCACGCCAUGCAGCAGAAUUGCUUACUUUGGUGUUGCCCGUGAACAUGGAUUUCAUGACUCUACAUGAUGAAUAGUUACAAUAUUCGGCUACUAAAGCUGUUAUCUCUUAUCUACAAAGGAAUCCUACUACUUGCCCCGAUUAUUCCUUGGUGGAAGGGUGACAAUUCUGCAAAAGGCGGUUGGUUAUCCUGGGAAUGUCAUCACUUCGCAAGAAAAUUAUAUCCAAGUGUCAUGAUACCCAGAUGUCACUUGAGUCUUGAGGUCAUGGUGGGUUUUUGAAGACAUGGAAGCGUGUAUCAUAAAGUUUUUUGACACAGUUCUAGUGGUGGUGGUGGACAAAUUCAGCAAAUAAUGCCACUUAGUGCCCUUAUCCCAUCCGUUCAUGACUAAGCCUGUGCUACCUAUUUUUGAGGGUAAUUAGUGCGUCAAUAUCGACUUCCACGCUCUGAUUUGUACGUAGUAUCUGUUUUUCUAAGCCAUUUUAGGCAUGAGUUUUUGUGCUUAGUCGGGCUCGGUUGCGCAUGAAGCUUACCACUCCCAAUCUGAAGGGCAAACAGAGGUGGUGAGUCGCACUCUAGAAUCAUACAACGUUGCUUUGCUCAUGAGCACUCAUUAUCUUGAAGCAAGUACUCAAAGAUGAUCCUUGAUGCACUCCGAUAGUAAUAGGGAACUUUGCGGUCAUCCCUACAUUUGGGGUGUACUCUGUAAUAUUAAAAGGACAGUGCUGGAAAUAUGAAGAUUUCGAUCUAUUAUUUAUCAAAUUGUGGCUGUGUAUAGUAAAAUUGGAGGUUGCGAUUGUAAUUUCCCUUCUAUAUACACUCACCUAAUUACUUUUUAUAGCCACUGAUUAAGUUUACGUUAACGACA